AUGGAUCAACGACAGCAGCAGCAGCAGCGUCGCUCAAACGUGCCCUCUGAGAGGAAUACAAUCUCAAGGCCACAAAUGUUUAUGCAUCUCGAGUUUGGCCUUUCGUGGUCCCAGCGGCACGCGCCUCAAAAGCACACAAUCACAUAUACAUCAAGAAACCUCAGAGAUUCGAGGUCUCGAAGUAGCUUUCCUCGCCAGUUGCCUCCGCCAAAUGCAAAUUUCCUGGGCCCCGACGCCUCUACCUACCAACCUCGACCAAGGGCUUCUCCAGAUCGUUCUGUCCACCAUUAUCAACAACACCAGCAACAGCAACAACUACAACAUCAUCAACAACAGCGACGACGCAAUUAUCAGCAGGAACAGCAGGAGCAGGAGCAGGAGCAGCGACUACAACAGCAACAACAACAACAACAACAACAUAUCCGUGAACACCAUCGUCGCCAGUCGAGGGGUUAUGAUCCGUCGAUACAGUUUGCACACCGACCACGGGAAGUGGAUGAUGCUUGCGGAUACGCUCAAGACCACGAGCGAAGGCGGUCCAGGAGCGAGUCUCGAGGUCUAUCACACGACCGAGGACAUUCCGCCCCACCCCCCUUCCACGACAGCCCCUGGGACGACGCACCAGGACUGUCGGCAUCGCUGUUCCCCCCUGCCCAGCCAGCGGCGGCAGUAGCAACAGCAGCAUCCGGCAAUGAUCAGGAGGCGCUGGAGAGCGUGUCGAAACCGCUGCCGGCGACGCCGAGUCACUUCCGUCUUGGCGAGGACGGGCUCCCUUGGUCGGCGGAUGCCUGGCCGGCAGACACGGAGCAACACGGCUCCCAAGAGCAGUCCUCAUAUACGAAUCAGCCACCAACGGUAGGCAUCGCAUCCGGAUCACGCGAUGACCCGCAGAGAGUCAAGGAGCUCGAGACGCUCUCGGCUGCCAUGGUCACAGUCGAUAACGGGUUUGAGAACCAAUGGUGGUACCAGGGCCCCAGGGAGACAACGGCUUGGUGGCCGAGGGAUCAGGAAGAGCCCUCUCGACUCAGCUUGGCCGAUGAUCUACUGUUCUCUGCUACCACUGAGCCGGCAGACCGUGGCUUUGGUGACGACUGGUACGGCCCAUUGUCAUACAAUGAGGAGUCCCCCUUGUUUGAUGGAAUUGUUUCGCCCGUUUCAACUGCUAGCCCAGCCAGGCCGCUUCAACGCUCAAUGACGACAAGAUCCGAAGAGCUUUUCAUCAUGAGCGACAGUCGAUAG